CUGGAUGACUUUGUGGGUGCUCACCCCGACUACAACGAGGAGGAGGAGGAGCAGAAAUACUUCCGCCGCAAGCGCCUGGGUGUCAUCAAGAACGUGGUGGCCGCCAGCCUGGCCAGCACCCUGACCUACGGCGUCUACCUGGGUAUGCUGGAUGACUUUGUGGGUGCUCACCCCGACUACAACGAGGAGGAGGAGGAGCAGAAAUACUUCCGCCGCAAGCGCCUGGGUGUCAUCAAGAACGUGGUGGCCGCCAGCCUGGCCAGCACCCUGACCUACGGCGUCUACCUGGGUUUGUUGGAGAUGCAACUGAUCCUCCACUACGAUGAGACUUACCGGGAGGUGAAGUACAGCAACAUCGAGCUGGAGGACAUCGACCGGAAGGUGUUGAUGGGCAUCAACGUCACCCCGGUGGCAGCUCUGCUCUACACACCUGUCCUCAUCAGGUUUUUUGGCACCAAGUGGGCCAUGUUCCUGGCGGUGGGGAUCUACGCCCUCUUCGUCUCCAGUAACUACUGGGAACGUUACUACACGUUGGUACCUUCAGCCGUGGCCAUCGGGAUGGUCAUCGUGCCACUCUGGGCUUCCAUGGGCAACUACAUCACACGGAUGGCCCAGAAGUACUAUGAGUACGUUAACUACAAGGAGGAGCACGUGCAGGAGCAGCAGCGGGCGCCGCGAGGUGCCUACAGCGUCUACGUCAUCAUCUUCCAGACCAUCUUCUACUCCUGCUUCCACCUGAGCUUCGUCUGUGCUCAGAUGCCCAUGCUCUUCUUCCUCAACAACUACCUCUACCAGCUCAACCACACACUCUUCGGGGUCAAGCACUGCGGGACCUUGAGUCACGGGACGUUGCCUGGCUUCAACAAGACGGUUCUGCAGAGUCUUCCUCGCAGCGUCAACCUCAUCAUCGUGGAGAGCGCCUUGAUGGCGGCCGCCUUCCUGGCCAUGCUGGUGGUCUUGGUGCUCUGUGGGUCGGCCUAUAGGCCCACAGAGGAGAUCGACCUGAGGAGCAUCGGCUGGGGGAACAUCUUCCAGUUGCCCUUCAAGCACAUGAGGGACUAUCGCCUGCGGCACCUCUUCCCCUUCUUCAUCUACAGCGGCUUCGAGGUGCUCUUCGUCUGCACCGGCUUCUCCCUGAAUUACGGGGUGUGUGCCCUGGGGCUGGAGAACCUGGGGUACCUCCUGAUGGCCUACGGCGCCUCCGCCUCGGGCUGCUCCAGCCUGGCCCUGUCCAGCCUGCGCCUGCGCCGCCAGGUCCCGCUCCUGGCCGGGGCCGUUGUCCACGCUGCUCUCCUGGUCACUCUCUUCUGCUGGGCACCUGAACCCCGGCACCUGGUCCAAGCGCCGCUGCUCUACGCCAUCGCCGUGCUCUGGGGCAUGGGGAGCACCCUCAACAAGACUGGUAUCAGCAUCCUCCUGGGCAUGUUGUACGAGGACAAGGAGCGUCAAGACUUUGUCUUCACCAUCUACCACUGGUGGCAAGCCCUGGCCAUCUUCACUGUCUACCUGUGGUCAGGGUUACCCAUGAAGGCCAAACUCUCCAUCCUGCUGCUGACCUUGGCGGUGGCCGUGGGGACCUACCUGAGGAUGGAGCAGAAGGUGGCCCAGCACGUGGCCUAUCGGCUGCCCCGCAUCCCCCGCCCGCGGCACAGGGCGCGCG